UGGUGAUCGAGAUCAAAGUAAACAACGUGCAAGGAAGAGAAGUGCAUACAUUUCUUCCAGUUUUCUAUAUUCUUUACUGGAAACCGAUCCAUUUGACUGUCAAUUUUAUAACAAGAAAGAUCUUUCAGUGUUGAUUCACCAGCAAUCAUGAUCAGAAGACAAGCCAGACUUCGGAGAGAAUACAUUUAUCGGAAGUCAAUUGAGGAUCGAGAAAGAACAAUACAAGAGAAGAAACAGAAAUUAAAACAUUCCCUUGAUGAAAACAAGCAGAUACCAGAUGAGAUUGCUGAAGAUGCUGUUGAUAUUGAGAAAACACUGAACUGGGACGAUGAGGGUGCUGAUGGUCUGACAACAAAUGUUGAUGAUGAAUACAAGUGGGGCGGAGUGGAAGAUCCUAAGAUCAUGGUGACAACUUCUAGAGAUCCAAGUUCAAAGCUGAAACAAUUUGCUAAGGAGAUUCGACUUGUAUUCCCAAACUCUCAGAGAAUCAACAGAGGUAACUACGAGGUCAAACAGCUGGUGGAUGCCUGCAGGUCUAAUGACGUCACAGAUUUAAUAAUCGUACACGAACAUCGAGGUGUCCCUGACGGAUUUGUUGUCUGCCACCUCCCAUACGGACCCACGGCAUAUUUCACUUUAUCUAAUGUCGUCAUGAGGCACGAUAUUCCAGAUUGUGGAACGAUGUCGGAGGCUUAUCCACAUCUUAUCUUCAAUAAUUUUACCUCUAAGCUAGGGAAUAGGGUGAAAAGUAUUUUGAAGUUCCUGUUCCCUGUCCCAAAAGAAGAUGCCCGUCGAGUUAUGACAUUCUCAAAUGAAGAGGACUUCAUCUCAUUCAGACACCAUGUGUACAAGAAGGGUGAAGGAGGCAGAACCAUAGAGCUGAACGAGGUGGGACCACGCUUUGAAAUGAAACUGUACCAGAUAGUAUUGGGAACCUUGGAUACCGUGUCAAGCUCCGACGUGGAGUGGGUUUAUAGGCCUUACAUGAAUACAGCCAAGAAACGCAAAUUCCUCACAGACUGACAAUUGUGAUACAAUGUUAAUUAGCUUUUUAAUUGUCUGUUGUUUGAAGAAAGGUUUAGACAAUGUCACUGUGUCAUUGUCUUUGUGCAAAAACUUGGUUGGACAAUAAUUUAGAAGAUUAAAAUGAAACUUAGUACACGUUACAAUGAUAAUUUGCACGUGUUACUAGUCCCUCACUGACUAAAAUGAGACAUUUUGUGCUCUUGUUUUUUUUAACAUACAACUUCCAUGUACAUUUUAUAAGAUAUAACAUCACUAAUAUAUAUUGAAUUACGGUACAUGACAUUAGGUAUUUAAUUUGAAAGUUAAUGUUUAGGAUAAGAAUAAUGUUUCAUGAAUUAGGGCCUUUUAACAAUGUUAUAAAAUGUUUUGAAAAUAAAAGCAUUUAGCCUGAACUUCUAUGAUCUACUGAUAGAUACAUGUACAGUCUUUUAUAUCAAUUGAAGUCUUUUAAUUCUGGAAAAAUGUUAUGGUUAUUUGUGCAAUAAAGGUUGGUGAAAAUAA